AGGGAAGUGGUCCCUGUUUCUACAGCUGUGAGACAUCGAAGGCCCACGACUGCAGAGCCAUGCAGGGUCUUGGCAUCCUGUUCCUGCUGCUGACUGCCUGCCUUGCUUCGAGGGCUGACCAUGUGUCGACAGGACCAGAUAUCCAGGUUCAGGAGAACUUCACCUGGUCCCGGAUGUAUGGAAAAUGGUACACCCUGGCCAUUGGUUCCACAUGCCCGUGGGUGAGGCGGAUUAAGGACAAGAUGAGUGUGGGCACACUGGUGCUGCAGGAGGGGGCGACACAAACCGAGAUCAGCAUGACCAGUACUAAGUGGCGGAAAGGCGUCUGCGAGGAGAACUCUGGGGUAUAUCAGAAGACAGACACCGAUGGAAAGUUCCUUUACCACACAUCCAAAUGGAACACAACCUUGGAAUCCUACGUGGUCCACACCAACUAUGACGAGUAUGCCAUUUUCCUUACCAAGAAGUUCAGCCACCGCCAUGGACCCACCAUCAUGGCCAAGCUCUAUGGCCGGGAGCCACAGCUGAGGGACAGUCUUCUCCAGGAGUUCAGGGAGGUGGCCCUGAGUGUGGGCAUCCCUGAGAACGCCAUCAUUUUUAUGGAAGACAGAGGGGAAUGUGUCCCUGGGGAUCGGGAGGUGGAGCCCACUUCAUCUGCGAGAGCCCGGCGGGCAGUGCUGCCCCAGGAGAAUGAGGGGUCAGGUUCUGAGCCACUAAUAACUGGGACCCUCAAGAAAGAAGACUCCUGCCAGCUCAGCUACUCAGAAGGCCCCUGCCUAGGGAUGCAAGAAAGGUAUUACUACAAUGGUGCCUCCAUGGCCUGUGAGACAUUCCAAUAUGGCGGCUGCCUAGGCAAUGGUAACAACUUCCUCUCUGAGAAGGAAUGUCUGCAGACAUGCCGGACUAUAGCGGCCUGCAGUCUCCCCAUAGUCCAAGGCCCCUGCCGAGCCUUCAUAGAGCUCUGGGCAUUCGAUGCCGCACAAGGGAAGUGUAUCCGAUUCAACUAUGGGGGCUGUAAAGGCAAUGGUAACAAGUUCUACUCUGAGAAGGAAUGCAAGGAGUACUGUGGAGCCCCCGGCGAUGGGUACGAGGAGCUAAGUUGAAGAUGCCAGUCUGCAAGCCAGAGGGUAGCCACUGUCUGUCACAGUACAGCUUUGAUGAUCUGGACCCAAAUAAAACAAGCUGUCACUUCCUA